AUGGUGCCCCCGGUGCCGGUCUCUCCGCUCAUCAAGCUCACCCGCUACUCCUUGCUCAUCCUCGGCAUGGCCUACGGAGCCAAGCGCUACAGUUACCUGAAGCCGCGGGCGGAAGAGGAAAGGAGGAUAGCGGCCGAGGAGAAGAAGAAGCAGGAUGAACUGAAGCGCAUCGCCAGAGAACUGGCAGAAGCCCAGGACGAUACCAUACUGAAGUGA